AUGCCAAAAAAUCGCCCUGCCACGUCGGGUUACGCCCGCCUUGCCCAAGCAGAGGAAGAACGCGGAUACAUCCACGAUGACUCAGAAGAAGAUGAGAUGGCUGCGGUCUCCUCGACCGUAUCUACCUCCGCCCCCCGUUACGCUCCUAUCUCCUCUCGAGCCCAGAUGCAGGCGUCCGGUCUCGCCACGCCCCCAAGUCAUCGACGCAGACACAGUGGAUAUUCCCGCCGAGGUCGCCGGAACUCUGGCGUGGACAUUAAGGCCAUCAAUGCGCGUCUAGAGCGAUGGGCGGAGGAGAUUGCCGCCAAAUUCAAAAUCAAUCGGGUUAAGGGCAAAACCUACGAGGAAGAGAAGCUUGAAAUCUACCACUCGGUCUUCCAGGCCCCCGAUGGCGUACGUCCGAUUUCUGCAGAGGCCCUGGAAUCAGACGAAUUUGAGGGUCAACAGCGAAGGCAAAAAGCAGAGUACGAGGAGAUCAUUGAAAGCGUUCGCCUAGCUAUUGAGCUUGACGUGCAUCCACGAAUGAUCUCCCAGGGAAGUUCUGGCAGUUAUUUUGCUCGCAAUCCCGAAGGAAAAGUUGUUGGUGUAUUCAAACCUAAAGACGAAGAACCCUACGCCUCGCGAAAUCCAAAAUGGACGAAAUGGAUUCACCGCAACCUGUUCCCGUGCUUCUUUGGACGGGCGUGCCUUAUUCCCAACCUUUCAUACGUCUCCGAAGCCGCCGCAUAUGUUCUCGAUGCCCGUCUUCGUACAAAUCUCGUGCCAUACACCGAUAUCGCCUACCUUUCGUCGAGAUCAUUCUUCUAUGAUUUCUGGGAUCGACGCAAGGCUUGGAAAGGGAAGAAAAUACUGCCCCCCAAGGCUGGUAGUUUCCAAGUCUUCCUCAAAGGAUAUAAAGAUGCAAACAUUUUCCUGCGGGAACAUCCUUGGCCCGACCAGGCGAACUCCGGGCUCCGUGCAACGGACGCGCCGAGGCGGAAGAAGCGGCCGUGGAACGAAGCGUGCCGCCCGUCUGGCGCGCAGUCUGACGACGAGGACGACGAGGAGGCUGGACACAUGCCUUCUGCGAACCCACGCGAUGAAAGCGCGGAGCGUCGUUUCAACUGGACCGAAACCCUCAAGCAGUCAUUCCGCGAAGAGCUUGAAAAACUGGUGAUUUUGGACUACAUAAUGCGAAACACAGAUCGUGGACUGGACAACUGGAUGAUCAAGAUUGACUGGGGCACCGAACAAGUUUCUAUCGUUGCAGAACCUCCAAAGGCUACCGAGCCACAACCCAAGCACGACGAAGACGAGCUCAUGCCCCCACCGCGCCCGGUUUCCGUUAAUUCAGAUGGGUCCAAUCCUUACAAGCGACGCGAGACAAUGAUGGCUGUGAGCCGCACAGGAACACCUUUGGCUUCAUCGGAGCAACAAACUUCAGUCCAACUUGGUGCCAUCGAUAACAGUUUGUCAUGGCCAUGGAAACAUCCCGAUGCGUGGCGGAGUUUCCCAUUCGGAUGGCUUUUCCUCCCCGUUUCCCUCAUCGGCCAACCUUUCUCACAAAAAACCCGCGACCAUUUUCUCCCAUUGCUCACAUCGACAGCCUGGUGGAGCGGCACGCAAAUGGCUCUACGCCGUGUAUUCUCCCAAGAUGAUGAUUUCAAGGAAGGCAUGUUCGCUCGUCAGAUCGCAGUUAUGAAGGGCCAGGCGUGGAAUGUGGUCGAGACCUUGAAGCACGCAGAUCACGGCCCGCUUGAGUUAACCCGAAGGACUCGUGUUUGCGUCUGGGAUGAUCUUGUAGAUGUCCCGGUCGCCAUUCCAAUGCGAGCGCCCUCGACAGACCUGCCAAGGCACAAUGCUACGAAUUAUGACAACGAAGACGACGAGAUGGACAUUGGCGCAGCAAACUCUACUCAGCCGACUCCCGAAUAUGAUCUUCUAGGACUAGGCCCGUCUCCGAACGACCUUCCUAACCCCAACCGGUUCGAGCUCUCUCGUGGGCGUUCUGAUGGGCGAGCUACUGACUCCAUCGGUAGUCCCGCAACCUUGAACGACGGCGAUUUCUCUCGCCAAACCAUAGAUGGUGCCUAUGCCCGAUCCUUAGAUGGGUGGCCCGACCUACCUUCUCGACCGAAAAAACACCGAAAACAUGGGGGCUCUCUCUCCUUCCGUGUGCCUCACAUAAAUACCUUCGGUAGCGAUGACCUCGAAGGCGACCUUGGAUACGCCGCCGCCGAGGGUAUGGAAGGUAACCAACGCAAAGUCAUUGUGGAGCGUCUGGAAGCCGUCAAGAGCAAGAACCCUGUUUUUACCUGGUGCUGA